AUGCAAAAUCCUCAUGAAGAGAAGCAAAAAGCUCUGCUGCAACGCAUUGCCGGCUCUGUGGCUCGUCUAAAUGAAGUUGUCAAGGAAAUAAACACGCAAAUAGAGAAAAGCGAUACUUUUCGCGAGGAGCUGACUUUUACAUGCCAAGUGUGGAAGGGAUACGAAAGCCGCGUACAGUCGCAUUGUGAUACUGCAAUUGCUGCAGCUUCUCAAAAAAAGUAUCAGCACCCACCGUAG